AGCUCCCACCUUACUCAUUUUCCUCCUCACACACAACCCGGAGAGUCGAGCCGUCACACACACAGAUCUGUAACCAUGAGGCUGAGCAUAAUGGGAGUUCUGCUGUGCGCUACGCUGGUCGCCUGUGUCAACGUCAUGCCUCAGAAAGACUUCAACCUGGAGAAGAUGGCUGGUAAGUGGUGGGCCGUGGGCUUUGCCACCAACGCCAAGUGGUUUAUGAACCGUAAGGCUGGUAUGAAGAUGGGAACUUCCAUGAUGCUGCCCACUGCCGGAGGUGACCUGGACAUCAGCAGCACCAACCAGGAUGCUGAUGGCUCUUGCUGGAGGAUGACCCAUCUGGCCAAGAAGACUGACAUACCAGGCCGCUUCACCUUCACCAGCCAGCGUUGGAAUAAUGAAAAUGACAUGCGUGUAGUAGCUGUCCAGUAUGAUGACUUUGCUCUGAUCCACACCAUCAAGACCAAACACGGAGUAACUGACGUGGUCAACAAACUCUUCAGUCGCACUCCAGAGGUGAGCGCAGAUGUCCAGAAGAAGUUCAUGCAGUUCUCUCUGGAUACAGGAAUCCUCUCUGGGAACAUUGUUUUCCUGCCCAACAAUGGUGAAUGUGCCGAGGCAUAAAUGUUCACUCAUCCCAUUCUCCCUCUGCUACUCUUCAACUGGCAUCUGUCUCCAUUUCACAUCCAAACUCUUUUCCUGGAAGAAGACUGAAGACUGCAAACCCCAGCCACCCCCUCCCCCGGCAGAACAAACCCCAGCCACCCCCUCCCCCGGCAGAACAAACCCCAGCCACCCCCUCCCCCAGCAGAACAAAUCCCUUCACCUUUAAUCCCCACUAUUCCUAUAAACCACUGUACACAUUAUUUUUUUACUGCAGAUUUCUCAUUGAAAUAAAUAAUCUUUAAAAACAUACACAUGA